CAGCAGCAGGUUGUCAGCUCGUCCUGAGGGGAGGAACUGUGGGAUGCUGAUGAACACACCCUGCCCUUCCCGCUGUCUUUUCACAUCAGCGUUAACCAACAACCUGAAGAGCAUUAAAAGCUACAUUCAGUAUGUGGCGUAGCACCGGCUGAGCGCGUCUGCUUCAGGUAGCUGUGAUGGCAGCGUCAAAGAUGUCUGUGCCACUGGCUGUGGUGGUGAUCCUCCUGUCGGUGCUGCUGACAGGAGCAGCCCAAGCCGGGCCUGAGAUAGAUCCAUACAAGAUCUUAGGAGUGACCAGGAGUGCAAGCCAGGCUGAGAUCAAGAAGGUCUACAAGCGUCUUGCAAAAGAAUGGCAUCCGGACAAAAACAAAAAUCCAGGAGCUGAGGACAUGUUCAUCAAGAUCACCAAAUCCUAUGAGAUCCUUUCCAAUGAGGACAAACGGGCCAACUAUGACCGUUACGGCCAGACAGACGACACCCAGCCGUAUGGCGGCGGUCGCUACGGUCAUCGCCAUGACAGCUUUUACUUCGACGAGUCCUUCUUCAACUUUCCCUUCAACAGCAAGAACCACAGGGACUUUGCUGACAGCAAGUACAUUCUACACUUCAACCAGUACGUCAACGACGUGGUGCCAGACAGCUACAAGAGACCGUACCUGAUAAAGAUCACCUCUGACUGGUGCUUCAGCUGCAUCCACAUCGAGCCUGUCUGGAAGGAGGUGGUGCAGGAGAUGGAGACUCUAGGUGUUGGGAUAGGUGUGGUGGAUGUCGGCUACGAGAGGAGGUUAGCCAAUCACCUCGGAGCCCAUCGCACCCCGUCGAUACUUGGAGUCAUCAACGGCAAAGUGACGUUUUUCCAUUACGCCGUGGCAAAGGAGCACCUGAGGCAGUUUGUAGAAGACCUUCUUCCUCAGAGACUUGUGGAGCGGGUCACUGACAAGAAUGACCUGCAGUUCUUGAACAGCUGGCACGAGCUCAACAAGCCACACGUGCUUCUGUUUGACCAAGUGCCUGUAGUUCCUCUGUUAUACAAACUGACAGCUUUUGCCUAUAAGGACUACCUGCAGUUUGGCUAUGUGGACCAGGGCCUUUCAGAGACCGCCAAUCUGCAGAAGCAGUUCAAUAUCAACACUUACGCUCCGACCAUGCUGGUCUUCAAAGAGAACACUGACAAGCCUGCUGACAUUAUACAGGCCAAAGGAAUGAAAAAGCAAAUCAUUGAUGAGUUCAUGUCAAACAACAAGUUUCUACUCGUGCCACGGCUGGUCAAUCAGAAGCUCUUUGAUGAGCUCUGUCCUGUCAAACAGUUCCACAGACGCAGGAAAUACUGCGUCCUGCUGAUCACAGGUGAUGAGGAGACCUUUUCUUUUGGGAACCAGGCGUUUCUCUCAUUCGCCUCCACAAACGGCAAGGAGGUUGUUAGAUUUGCCUACGUGUACCAGCGGUUACAGCAGCCUCUUUGUGACAUCCUCAUGCAGAACAAAGACAGCGCACAGUCACCAGCACAGGUGGUGAUCCUGGAGAGGCGUAAUGCUGCAGGCAAGGCCUUGUUCAAGCCCGUGAGCGCCUGGAACGGCAGCGAGGAGGACAAACAGCGUCUUCUGGAGGAGCUGGAGCGACUGCAGAGGGACCCGUCCAUCCUCAAUAAUGACGCCAUGCUGCCCGAGCUCAACAACGAGUUUGCCUCUAUGUUUGUAAUCAGAUGGAUCUAUGCCUCUUACGAUUACCUCUCUGAAGUCAUUGACGAUAUUCUGCAUAACAACUGGCGUGAGAUGAUGCCUCUUUUGUCCCUCAUCUUCUCUGCCUUGUUCAUCUUGUUUGGAACUGUGGUCAUCCAGGCCUUCAGUGACUCAAGUGAUGAUAAACAGACUAAACCAAAGGCAAAAGAUGGAACAAAAGCAGAAAAUGGGUCACCAGGGUCCGGUGGUACUUCAAGUCGGCCUCCCAAGAAGAAUUUUGUGGAGGUGACUGAGCUGACGGACAUCACUUACAUGAGCAACCUGGUGAAGCUGAGGCCGGGACACAUGAACAUAGUGCUGGUUCUCACAGACGCCUCCAAGAACAUCCUGCUCAGCAAGUUCGCCAAAGAGGUCUAUUCCUUCACAGGGAGCAUGACGCUGCAUUUCUCCUUCCUGAACAUUGACAAGCACAGCCAGUGGAUGUACACUCUGCUGGAAUACGCCCAGGACGCCACACAGAUAGAUGCAGACGACGACGAUGGAGGAAACCGCAAGAUGGACUACACCGGCUAUGUGCUGGCGCUCAACGGCCACAAGAAGUACCUCUGUCUUUUCAAGCCGGUCUACACUGGGGAGGACCUUGACAGUAAGUCGUCCGAAGACGAAGGGAGCACUGCGGGGGGGAGGUCGAGGUCCAGUUCCCGCGAGGACCAUCCACCACGCAAAUCCAACCGAUCCCGCAGCAUAUCCACCCUGCAGAUCCACCACAAACUGGACCGCCUGGGGCUGUGGAUGGAACGGCUCAUGGAGGGGACUUUGCCUCGCUAUUACAUUCCUGCAUGGCCCGGACUCGACAAGAUCACCCCCAGUAAAUAGAUGGAUGCGAGUUAGGACAGACUUAGUACUUAUCUACUGUACCCUUGUGUUAGGCUAGAGCUGCCUUUCUUGCACUUGAAAUAAUAAAUAGUUACUUUAAAGUCGGGUCAAUAAUAUGACAAACUACUGUGGGACACGUCCUUUAGCGUACCCCCCUUACGGUCGUCGCAUGCUGUUUUUCGAUUUAUUCAAUCCAGGCAAACGCUGCUGCUGCUGCUACAGCCUUGUGAACAGAAAAUAAAAUCACUGUGGUCACCUGUACUCUCCUGCCUUCAUGACCAUCAGUCAAAUCCACACACGCUGAAGGAGGCAGGACAUCUACCUUUGUCUUCAUCAAUGAAUACUGUGAAUAGAGAUGCAUGUCCUUAACACUAAAUGUCUUUUUUUUUUAUGCAUCUCAGGCCUUUUCGUUUAUUUUUUUCCCGUGAUAGAUUUAUCUCCUGAAUGCUGGCUCGCUUGUGCAAUAUAGCCUACUGCUGUAAUGACAAUGCCUUGCACCCUGGACUCCACGGGGUUUUCUCCAUGGUCUUCCUGAUCAUGUGAUUGCAUCAAAAGAAAAAAAAUAUCUGUUUUGUUACAUGGGGGGUGUUGGGAUUGUGAUUUAAUAUGUUCUUCACUUAGGAGUCAAGAAUUAUUUAGCAGCCUUGGUCUAUUUUACAACCUCAGUUAGCCAGUAGCUCUAUGUAGCAGACAUAACGAUCGGGCCCCUCCAUUUCAUUUUCUGAAUGUUUUCCAAAUGGACACCACUGACUGAUACAUUAUGUAGACAUGAAAGUUAAAGUCAACAACUUACUGUGUGCUUGCUUGGUUUAUGAACUUGUUCUGUCAAGUAUGAAAUUGUCUUUGAUAUGAUUUUGAUGGUACAGUGUGAUGUAAAUAUUGUACAUUAUCAUGUUAUCUAUUGGACCUGUAUUUUACUAAUGUAUGUAACUAAAGAUUUGGUGAAUGUUUUACAUGGAUCUAUCAAAAAA